AAUCUUCGCCCAACUCCACAAUGUCAUUUACUCUACCUUUUGAGCUCUUCUUACUCUUAUCAUCUUCAUCUAAAAUAACAUACAAACAAUCCCAACAAUGACCAGCUUCACCAACCCCACAACUCUCUUUCACCCCCAAAACCUCCACCACCACCACCAUCAAAACAGGCCACUGCCACUCUCAUUAAUCCGAUCAUCAUUUUCCGGCGAAGAAAAACCAACCCACCAUCAUCAUCACCACCACCACCACCACCACCACCACCACCGUCGAAACAUUGUGGCAGCAUUGGUAGCCACUUCCAUAGCACUUGGGCUACACCAAGUCAGUCCAGUGGCACUAGCAGAGAGCUGGGGCACACGAUCAUUUCUAAGAGAACGUUUCUUCGAGCCGGGGUUGUCGCCUGAAGAUGCGGCGGCGAGAAUCCGGCAGACGGCGGAGGGACUGCAUAGCAUCAGGGAGAUGCUGGAAACAAUGUCUUGGAGGUAUGUGUUGUUCUACAUUCGACUCAAGCAAUCCUAUCUCUCUCAGGAUAUGCAAAAUGCCAUGUCUACUGUGCCCGAAAACCGCCGACAGUCUUAUGUCAAUGCUGCCAACGAGUUGGUUGACAACAUGGCCGAGGUAUGUUUUCUUAACUUCAUUCAGAAUAAUUCUGGGUAUAUCAUGAAAAUUUAUCAAAUUUUUUUUUUUGAUGAAAGUGAAGUGGAUUGUGUAAAUUUAAAGUCAGCUUAUUGUAAACUAUACACAUUGGAUUUUUUUUUUCACAUAUUUAAAUUAUGGAUAAAAUUUAGGACAAUCUUUUUUAAUUAUGUAAUAUAAUUGUUUUGAUUCAUC